AUGGCUGACAGGAUGCAGGACGGAGAGCCGCAUAACUAUGGAUUGAGAGCAGCAUUCGCUGUAGUGGAAGACUUGGGCAGCGAGUUUCACGUUUUGAGGGCGGAAAGACUGCAGGGUGCCCAAUCGGCACAGAGAGCAGAACUCAAAGCCAUGAUUGAAGCUCUGAAAUUAGCUGAGGGAAUGAGGUCUGUUGCAGUGAUUAAAUGCAAGGGACAUGAUCAGAGCAAGACCAGAGUGGCAGCAGGAAAUGCGGCCGCGGAUGAGGCAGCCAAAGAAGCAGCUGGAUACCUGCCAUCUCUCUUCAUGGUGAGUACUGAAAUGGAGCAGAUGGAACAGAAUAACCUGGAAAAAAUUAUUUUUCAUCAGAAAGGCGUGUCACCUGAGGAACGUUCUGUCUGGAAAGCAAGAGGUGCCAUCUGCAAUGAGGGACUCUGGCGCGGACCGAAUGGUAAAGUAAUUCUCCCUCCAAAUAUGAGAUUCCAGGUUUUCCAGGAAGCUCAUGGACUCGGACAUGUAGGUAUCGCACAGAUGUUAAAAAAUCUGGAGCACUGGUGGCAUCCAUUUUUGAGAGACAUGGUCAAGCAUCAUGUGAAAACAUGUGAAAUUUGUGGCCAACACAAUGCGAAACCAACUGUCAGACCACCAGUGGGACAUUUCCCUUGGACUACACAACCGGGUAAGGAGAUUAUUAUUGAUUUUACAGACAUGAUAACACCCGUUAGAGGAUACAGGUAUGUAUUAAUGUGUGUUGAUGCAUAUUCGAGCUGGCCGGAGGCGUGGCCAGCUAAAAAAGAGGACAGUAAAACUGUCAUAAAGUGUCUGAUCAAUUAUUACAUUCCGACCCAUGGUUUUCCAGAGAAGGUAAGAUCAGACAACGGCACUCAUUUCAGGAACCAAGAUCUGCAGAAAGUGGAGCAGCUGCUCGGAGUGAAACAUUCAUUCGGUACAGUAUAUCAUCCUCAAUCACAAGGCAAAGUUGAGAGACUGAAUCAAACUGUUAAACAAAAAUUGGCUAAAAUAUGUGCACAUACUAAAUUAAAUUGGGUGGAUGCUUUGCCUAUUGCCUUGAUGUCUGUUCGAAUGUCUGUUAACCAAUCAACAGGAUUCUCUCCAUAUGAGCUUCAGACGGGACGGAUGUUUCCAGGACCUGCAACCCGCAUUCCAGGAUGGAAAGGUGAACUUGCACACUUAUCUCAUAAAGAUUUCUUUAAUGAGUUGCAGAUCCUGGCAGGGGAAUUUGUGAAAUAUCAGACGACACAGGAACGUCCCGGCUCACCACCCGUUCCGGGAAUCGACUGGGUGCGCCUGAAAGUCAUCAAAAGGAAAUGGUCUGAACCUCGCUUCACCGGACCAUACCGAGUCGUGGAGAGAACAUCUCAUGCUGUCCGUCUGCAAGGGAAAGGAGACACCUGGUUUCAUUGGAGUCAGUGCACAGCAGCCGAGGAGCCACAGCGUGCGCUCCGAGACGUACAAGAAGAUCUUCGGCUUCAAUCUUCGGAUGAGGAGCAUCGCCAGGCGCUUCCAGGAGGGAGUGUAGCAGGAAUUCCUGCCGCGACCACUUCAGGUUCCUGAAAUUCAAGGUUUAAAAGGCUCGGACAGGCAUAAUAAUCCUGUUCCGAAGUCCUUCUAUUGAGGAAAAAGGAGAUUUCAUACCUUCCUUGAAACUCACUGUUAUAUUGGCAUAAUAAUCCAAUUUUCAGUGAGCAACGGCCGCUCAGCUGGAAACCUGAGGUUUCUCACUGAGAAGGAUCAGGCUGCAAGAGGAUCAACAUUGAUACAUUUUUAUUGCGUGUUUUCGUUUUUUUUUUUUGCGAACUCUGAAAAAGG